AUGACGUCCUACGGACAAGCAACUGGAAAUCCAGCUCGAGCUGGAAACAACACGGGCAUUCAGAAUGCUCAAUAUGGAAUGCCACAAGUGCCGAUGACUAUGGGGCCGACCUUCCCUCAACAGCCGCACAGCUAUAUUGGGAUGAUUCCUUCGGCGCCCAUUCAACAAUAUCCGCAAGCACACAUUUCGAAUUAUUAUCCAAUGAAUCCGAAUUACCCACCAUAUCCUUCUCAAAUGCAUCCGCAACCAAAUAUGGUCAAUCGUCAAGGAUACUACAUCAAUCCAAUGAUGAUGCAAGUGCAUAUGCAACCUAUCCAUCACAUAGCACCAGCAACUCGUGAAAAAAAGCCAUUAUUGAUUUGUGAUCCAAAAACGAAGGUGGCUGUUGAUGUUUGCAAUUCGGAUGUUAAGGUUAAAGAUUCGAAGAUUCUACCUGCAACGAAUCAAACGGCAGGAGCUUAUGCUGAAAAGAAGAAACAACUUCAAAUGCGUGAUAUCAAGAAUAAACCGAAGGGGAAACCAACAGAAGCGACGGUUUUAGAACAAACAACGGAGAAUGUUUCGACAGCCAGGGCCAGGAUCUCAUCGGCUCCGGAACCAGCGUUUGUCACUGAAGAGGGAACAACUAAGAGCACGAAUACUCCUCAAAUGGUUGACUCACUCAAGGAGCGGCUGGAAAAUAUGGCAAUAGCGGUGACAGAUUGUCAUGAGCCUGAUGUUUCAGGAGCCACUUUGUUAGACACUGUUGGACCAUUACUGGAGCUUGAUGUGGAAAAAAAGAACGAAGCAAUUGUUGUGCCACCUGCAACUCCAGAAAUUGAAGAUGACGGGGCUCCAAUGUCGGAAGAUAUUCUUGAUGUUGUUGAUAAUUUGUUGACUGAUGACAUUGAUGAGCAAAAAGAAAAUGAUGAAGAAAAUAUCAAAGAAGAAGCUGAAGAAAAGAUCGACGAGGAAGCUGAGACAAAAUUAUUUCGAGAGGCUGAAUUGAUCGAGGAAAUGAGAACACUUGAAGAACAAGCUAAGCAAAAGGUCUACUCUCGAAAGUUUCUUGAUUUGAUUUGCACCAUUGAAAAGGAAUUCAAAUGGACAAAAUGCCCUCUAACUGAAGCUGAGAUCAAAUCAUUGGGACUUGACAGGACCAACGCACCAAUUCGCGAUAACAAAAGAGCACCACUUGGUUUUAACCCGAAUUGGAUGUCAAACAGGUCGCAAAAGAACUAUGUUGGACGCGGUUCGAUGGAUAGUGUUAUAAGAAGUGGAAAUAUUCAACGGGGUCAGCAUCCAAGAAAGCCGCAUAUAGGACGACAUUCAAUCGAAAAGCAACCAGUUCCGUUACGAAGAACCGAAAAUGCCUGGAAAGCUGACAAAAAGACCAAAGGCUCCUCGGAGGCCGAAGAUGCCAAGAAAAUGCAGAUCCUUAAGGAUGUGAGGGCUUUGAUGAACAAGGUGACACCAACAACUCAGAAGCUAUUGACACAAGAGUUCUUAUCGUUCGAAGUAUCAAUUGAUCCUGCAGUUUUGAAAGACGUCAUUGAGAUCAUCUUCGACAAAGCCGUUGAGGAGCCAAAGUUCUGUCCCAUGUAUUCGGAAAUUUGCAAAGCUCAGGUUGAUCUUGAAUUGUCGAAAAAAGCGGGAAGCAUCGCCUCACCUUUUCGAAACGCAGUCUUGACCCGUUCACAACAGACAUUUGAAACGGCAAAAGUGGAAGAUGACGCACGAAAAACAAGGCUCGAAGAAAUUGAGUCAGAAACAGAUGACCGAAAGAAAAGCCAACUUGUGCUAGCUUUGCAAGAAUAUGAUGCCAAAAUUCGAAGGAGAAGAUUUGGAAAUAUCACAUUUAUCGGUCAGCUUUUCUGCCAGCAAUUACUGAGUUACAAAAUUGUUUCAUCCUGUAUUACGGCGCUUCUGAAAGAUACUGCUGGAAAAGAGACAUACCCGUCGGAGAUCGAGGAAGCUAUUGAUUGCGCGGUUCGAUUGGUGGAAUCUGUUGGACUGAAAAUGGAGGCCGAAAGCAAACGUUUAGCCAAACAAGAGCAAGAACAACCCAAAAAGGAGGAAAAGGCUCCUGCAUGGAACCAAAAGGUCCAACCAAAAAAGGUUGCGCCAAUUGCCACUUUCGAGCAGUAUAUGGGACACUUCGAGGAUCUCAAGAAAAAAGUUUCUCCCAGAAUUAGAUUCAUGAUUUUGAAUCUACAAGAGCUCAGAAACAACAGUUGGCAAAAGCGAAAUGCCGUUGAUCAAGGACCAAAAAAGAUACAAGAACUUCAAGCGGAUAUCAAAAACGAGCAAAUUCAAACCGAAGCAGCACGGGCGCGAUUCGAACGAGACCAAAAUCGUGGCUCAUCCCAUGGCAGCUUUAGCUCUGAUGCACGAAAAACGAUUGGUAGCAGGGGCUCUUUGAAUACUGCCUGGGGAAAUUCAAAUGACAGAAAAUUGUCUACAAAAGCUACCCCACCCGUAAACACUGGAGCUGCUCCACAACCAAAGUUGUUGGCGUCUUUGAAGAAUGCACCCGAUGACCUUGCACGCCCAAGGUGGGGUUCAAAAGGAGCUAACAGUGGAAGCUCCGAUAGUGGAAGGAAAAUCAGUAAUGCACAAUGUGAAAGGAAAAUUCGUGAAAGUGAACAACUAAAGAUUCCCCCUGUGAAACAAAACGAUGAACCCAUUAAUCUGAGCGAAGAAGAAAGCCAAACGGCAAACUCAAUCCACUCCUGCAUUGAAGAAGUUCGAACUGGUUGUGUGAAAAUUGAUGCGUGUCCGGAAGAUUUCAUUGCUACAAUGAAAAAGAAGAGCAUAUCAGCUCAAUCAUUUUUCAAAGCCUUUGCUGUCACAGCUCUACGAGAGAAAAAAGAAGAUCUAAAAUUAGUUGGACACAUAUUGGCUUUCUUCUUACAAUCCGAUGAAUUGAAGAGUCAAAUGAAGGAUAAAUCUGAAGCUGCAAAAGGAAUUGCCGAGUUUUGCAAAUACGUGAUUGCAACAGAACAAUAUGAAGAACGUUCUGAUGUUUGGGAAAGGCUUGCUGAGGUGAUCAUCAACGCUGUGCAUUGCGAUCUACCAGAUUUCGUCGGCAAAAGACCUCUUCUUGAGGAGUUCUCUCUGGUAUUCAUUGAAGCUUCUAAGGACCCUCGAUCUGUUUCAUCACAACGACCCGCUUUUGAACUUCUUGUGGUUGCUCUAAAAAGAAUGGCUGAAAUCCUUAAGGGGUUCAAUGAGCAGGAUCAUGCCACCUUGAUUUCAAUGGCCUAUGAAGAAAUGACGUUUAUUCGAAAGCUUCCAGUUGAACAAUCAGAGAAACUUGUGGCGGCUUUGAAGGAACAAGAAAUUGCCGAAGUUGGGAACCUCUAUGCUUUACUCACGGACAAAACA